AUGACGACGACGACGACGACCACCUCGAAGCUUUGUUGUUCGUGGUGUUCUCGUAAAAGUCGUUCUCCCCAAAAAUCAGCGGCAGUAUCGGCAAAAAAGGCGUGGUCCAGCGGUGACCAAUUCGCCGUCAAAAACGGGGAAGCAUUCGCAUUCGGGAAGAAGAGAAGAAGAAGAAUGAAUACUACUGCACGCGCCAACAACGCCGCUGAUACUACUGAUGAAGAUGCUUUUGCCGACGUGAAUACUCAGAAGAACGCAGUAUCGUCGUCUGAAUCAUCGUUAUCGUCAUCGCUGAGAGAAUCUCUCGCGAAAGAGUUAUCCGUGCUCCUUUCCAAAGUGCAUUUGGGGGCUGCUCCUCUCACUGCGCAGGAGAGUUUCGAAGCGCGCAAAAACAGGCUGGAAAAAGCACUCUUGAUGGCAACUUUAUUGGAAAAAGAAGAGCACGAUGAUCAUAAAUACGACGACGAGAAAAGGACGACGGCGAUUCAGACGACGAAAACAUCGACAUUUUUGUCACGGACGCGUACUACGAAUACGAAGACCAACGACGACGAAAACGCUUUAACGGAAACGAUAGCGCGAGAAUUAAUCAACCACGACGUGCUCGGUCGUUACAUGAACGAGAUCGCUCGAUUCGCGUACAUUCGUAAAACUUCACACUCAGGCGCGGCGUCGCGGCGACGAGCGAAACGGCCGAAAGAUCGAGCGAGCAACCAGAAGAAGCCGAGGCAAGGGUUGACGAGAGAGGACAUGAGGAGAGAGCACAGGAGAUGGUGCGCGGCGUGUCAAGUGUUCGUGAAGAAAGAAGACGCGUUAUCGGUGACGAAAGUUUUGAAUACCGUCGUCACAUCGUCGUCUGAAUCGUCGUCGGGAGAAACUUCCUCGGAAUCGUCCUCUUCCUCGUCGUACGCCGAUUUCAUCGAAGCGACCACGCGAAAAGAACGCCGGUGUAAAAAAGAAAAAACAAAGAGGAAACUCCUCCCGCACGCCAUACCGACGCCGACGUACAAAAUCGUCGCGUUCGAUCACAAGAAAAGCUCGAAAUCCAACCCGCCGCCGAACGGGCGCUCCAUGUUCGUCUGCCGCCGAGUGUGCUGCGUGAACAUGUUGAACGCGAAACGCGUCGCGAGCAACUUGAAGUAUAAAAUGCCCUCAAACUCGUCGUCCAAAAAGAGUAGCGACGAUAGCAGCAGCAACGCAGACAAUAGUAAUAGCACCGCCACCACCACCGCUUUAGAAAUCAUGCGCGACCUGAAACUCUUAGCCGAACGAGCGGAAAGAGACGACGGCGUCGAUUCCUCCGGGUGGAAGUUGCGCAAACCGAACGACGGCGACAAAAACGCCAAAGGUCGCCAUCCGCACCGGUGGACCGAACCGCCCACGUGGGUGCAAUGA